UCGUCGAGUUUGCGCUACAUUGUAACGGCGCUCUUCGAGGCCACAACUACUCUCUUCAGUUUAGCUCAGCGCUCGGACCGUGUCGCUUCGUGACGCUUUGGUAUCCACGCUCCUGUGGAUCCUUCCGAUCUGACAGAAGAGAUCUUUCUCUUUCUCUCUCUUUCUUUAUCUCUCUCUCUCUCUCUUUCUUUUUCUCUUUUUCUCUUCUUUCUCUCUCUCUCACUCUCUCUGUGUCUCUCUCUCUUUUUCUCUCUGUCUCUCUCUUUCUCUUUCUUUCUCUUCCUCGAUUUUCAGUCGCUAAGUAAAAUCGUGCCGGUGAAAGAUAAAGUUCCUUCUUCUUCCUCUUCUUCUUCUUCUUCUUCUUCUUCUUCUUCUUCUUCUUCUUCUUCUUCUUCUUCUUCUUCUUCUUCUUCUACUUCUUCUACUUCUUCUUCUUAUUCUUCUGUUUGGAUUAUCAAGGGAUCUUAAACAGUGUGAAAUUCAUAAAAGGAAGCUAAGAUCGUCCAAAGAGGAUGGCAUAAAACGGAAUAUUAUUCUCGGCCGGCAGCAUGUGCUAUGUUAUAGUCACUGGUCGCAGUCUCCUCUGGACGCUUCUGUCUUUAGCGGCGUUAAUGGCCGUUUUAUCGGCACUCCUUACCCCGAAAUGGCUCGUCGGACCGCACACGAUUAAGGACACGAAAAAUGGCACGGAAUUGUUCGUGCCGACGGUUGGAAUCUUCAAUCGUUGCACAAGAUUAUAUGGAAGAACGCAUUGUGCUAAUUUCAACAUUGACGGAUUUGCGACGCAUUCCUCAGUCUUUCCAGGAUUCUGGAAAGCUUCUCUCUUCUUCAUAUCUUUUGGUUUGGCCGUGAUGACGAUGACCGUAUUGGCUGCUCUUAUCGGAUGCUGUAUUCAGAGUAUCGGAAGAAAGAGUAUCUUCGAUCUGGCUGGUGUAGCACAAGCAAUAGCCGGAAUACUUUACUUAGUCGGAUUGAGUUUGUAUCCCGCUGGAUGGGGUGCUGAAAGGGUACGAAGAAUUUGCGGUCCAGAAGCUGAUGCCUUUCAUCUAGGGGAUUGUACUCUUGGUUGGGCUUUUUAUAGUGCCGUAAUAGGUACUGGCUUAACUUUUGCGGCGGCUAUGCUCAGCGGACAAGCCGAAAAAUCGACGGCAAGUGAUAAGGUUCAAGAUAAGAUGAACGAGGGCAGGACGCUAAUAUGUUUGGCUUAAAAAAAAAAAAGAAAAAAGAAAAAAAAAAUAAAAUAAAAAGGAAGAGAUGUCAUUAAAAAUAUUAUAAAAAUAAAAAUGGUGAUAUUUGUUUGGAUAUUCUAUUAAGAAUCCUCGUGUAUUUGAAAAAAAAAAA